CCAAACGAGAACACAAUAAAAGAAAACAAUAAAAGAAAACAAUAGUAAUAAUAAUGAUGACAACAGCAACAACAACAACAACACACUUCGGAACUAAACUACGCCCCAUUGAUGAGGCCACCAGUCUGGCAUUGGCAUGUGCAUACAUAGUACAUAGUAGUAGUCCCCAAGAAGAUGAAGAGCUAAGAUUGGCUGUAAUAGCUCUAAGCAACGGUUAUGACGGCUCGCGGCUGAUGGAGGCUUGGGAGUGGAUGUAAGACUUUUCCUAAUUUGGUAACAGGGAAUCUCUCUUAUCCCGCUUUUUUCUUAUUCCUUAAGAGAGUAGGUGAAGACGAAGACGAAGAAUAAGAAUAAGAAGAACCCCGUUAAGUAUAACUAAACCCCAACACGUCAUUGAUCAACUCUCUUCUUCUUUUUCUUCUUCUUAUUAUUAACCAUCGUUUCUUAUUUUCUUACUUGUUUUCUCUUCUUCCCGUAAAGAGAGAAAGAAAGUCUUCUCUUCGAAUUUGAUAUACAUCCCCCCCGGGGCUCCUUUAAGGAAAGACUAUGCAUAUCCUUCCUUUGCCCCUACUCUCGCUUAUCUCGGCGGUCCUCGCGUCGCCAACCGGAAAUAGCGAUGGCUCUCCCUAUUCGGCCGUCGAAGUUCGAGAUAUUUUGAUAGGCCGUGCAUCUCCGGAUAACCCGUCCGGUAGCUACGCGCCCGCUAUCGUCGACUGCCCGCGUCAACGGCCGACCAUCCGAAAUGCCGGUUCUCUUUCUCAGUCAGAGCGAGAUUGGUUACAGAACCGCAGAGCUAAAACUAUCGAUCCCAUGCUGAAAUUUUUGAAGCUGGCAAACUUAACUGAUUUCGAUGCCGUCAGCUAUGUUUCUUCUAACUCCAAGAACUUUUCCAUUGUGCCUAACAUCGGCAUUGCCGUCUCAGGCGGUGGCUACCGUGCUCUUAUGAAUGGAGCCGGUUUCGUUGCCGCAGCUGACAGCCGUACUCCGGGUUCAACUGAUGCUGGUGGUAUCGGCGGUCUUCUACAGAGUGCCACGUACCUAGCAGGUCUGUCGGGUGGCGGAUGGUUGGUUGGCUCCAUCUUCGCCAACAACUUUUCUAGUGUCGUCCAGCUUCGUGACGGCUACGAAGGCUCUAACCUAUGGCAGUUCUCUAAUAACAUCUUCACGGGGCCUAAAGGCAAGGGCAUUUCCGUCUUCAACACUGUCGGAUAUUGGGAUGAUGUUAAGGACCAGGUCGAUGCUAAGAGGGAUGCCGGAUAUGAUGCUUCUAUCACCGAUUAUUGGGGGCGGGCUCUUUCGUAUCAGUUGAUUAACGCGCCAGAUGGCGGGCCGGCGUAUACCUUUUCGUCCAUCGCUGACACCCCUAACUUUUCCUCCGCCGAUACUCCCAUGCCGAUCCUAGUAGGCGAUGAGCGUAGACCGAACACCCAAGUAGUCUCUUUAAACUCGACAGUUAUCGAGUUUAACCCCUGGGAGAUCGGAUCGCAUGACCCGACUAUCUUUGGCUUCGCUCCUACUCGUUAUGUCGGUUCUAACUUUACUGGCGGUGUCGUGCCCAACAACGGCCGCUGCGUCCGCGGAUUUGACGCGUUUAGUUUUGUCAUGGGAACUAGUAGCUCGCUUUUCAACGGUUUUCUGUUACAGAAUCUUACGUCCCCGGAUGUGCCUAAGGUCGUAACCGAUGCGCUCAGAUCUAUAGCAACUAGUAUCGGCAAUGACAACAACGAUAUCGCCGCUUGGACCCCGAACCCCUUCUACGGCUACCACAAUGCCACCAACGCCAACCACGGCGAUAAGCAGCUGACUCUCGUCGACGGCGGCAUGGACUUGCAGAACAUUCCGCUGCACCCCCUGAUCCAGCCGGUGCGCAAUGUCGACGUUAUCUUUGCGGUUGACUCGUCUGCCGACACCGAGACCAGCUUCCCGAACGGUACCGCGCUGCGUGCCACCUAUGAGCGCAGCAAGACGGAAAUCUCCAACGGAACCGCCUUCCCCGCCGUCCCGGAUGCCGAGACCUUCAUCAACCUAGGCUUGAACAAGAAGCCGACCUUCUUCGGCUGCAAUACGACCGAGUUCGCCAACGCGAACCACAUCCCGCCCCUAGUCGUGUACAUGCCCAACGCCCCGUACACCUUCCACAGCAACGUGUCGACGUUCGACCCGCAGUACUCGGACGAGGAGCGCAACUCGAUCAUCAAGAACGGCUACAACGUGGCGACGAUGGGCAACGGCACCCUCGACGCGCAGUGGCCGGCGUGCGUCGCCUGCGCCGUCCUGCGCCGCAGCCUCGAGCGCACCAGCACGAGCUUCAGCGCCACCUGCCAGGCGUGCUUCUCCCGCUACUGCUGGAACGGCACCACCGACAGCCGGCCCGUCGGCGUCUACAGCCCCGAGUCCAUCCUCGCGCUCGACCAGAGCAGCUUCGCCCUCAGCGCCAAGGGCCGCGCCGCGACGGGCUUGGCCUACGGCGUCUUUGGAAUCGUCGCUGUUGUUCUUGCAUUAUAAGCUACCUAAGCUACCUGAUGUAAGCUAAACUAGGGGGGGCUAGGAGACUAAGGACUAAGGAUUAGGUAUAACUGAAUUCAGGAUACGAAAGGGGAGGACUAAGCAUUGUUCUUGAAUUCAAAUUCCUCUAAGCUUAUUUACUUCUAUUACGUUUUUUUUUCCUUCUUUGGUAGACGAGGCUUGGAAAAUUUCCUACUAUAAGCAGGGUUAUAUUAAGACAUGACAAGGCAAAACAGGGCGAUACAAGACAUAUAGGCGUACCUAGUAAAGGAGACAAUAGUUAAUAGGUUAGGCAGAAUUGUCUGUCUGUAUAGAUGGCGGGAACACCAUAUCCCCAUCGUCUAGUAUAGAGAGAGAAAGAGGAGAGUCGAUUCUUCAUUUUCUGAAUAUCAACAAAAUAUUUUUUACU